AUGGAAACAGUAGGAUAUCUCAGAACAUCUCGUCUCAAGCGAUUUUCCAGUUGGAAAUCUCUCUUAUCUGCAAUAAGAGUGUUGCUGCGAUUCGUGACAAAAUUCAGAAAUAAGAACAAAGAGACUGAAACUAAUGACACAGAACUCAUCAGGCAGGCUGAGAACCAGAUUGUUAGAGCUGUGCAGUUAGACACCUACCCUAGAGAGACUGAAGCUCUAAUGGACAACAGACCCACACCGCGUACAAGCUCCAUUCUAAAGCUUGCGCCCUUUAUAGAUGACGUAGGGAUCAUAAGAGUAGGAGGUAGACUCCAAAUAUCAGACCUACCAUAUGGUGAGAAACAUCAAGUCUUGAUUCCAGGAAAACGUCAUAUUGCAUCAUUGAUUGUUAGACAUUUCCAUGAACGGACAGAGCAUCAGGGAAGACAUCUCACAGAAGGCGCCGUGAGGAAAGCAGGAUUCUGGAUCACUGGAGGGAAACGCCUUGUAUCCUCCAUACUCUUUCAUUGUGUAAUCUGUCGGAGAUUGCGAGGAAAGUUCGUAGAACAAAAGAUGAGUGACUUACCUAGAGACCGUUUGACGCCUUGUCCACCGUUCACAUUUGUUGGUGUUGACGUGUUCGGUCCGUGGGAUGUGUUAACCAGACGCACACGUGGAGGAAGUGCCAACUCGAAACGUUGGGCUGUGAUAUUUACUUGCUUGUACUGUCGAGCAGUUCACUUUGAACUCAUUGAGGAAAUGAGUACAGGAUCAUUCAUCAAUGCUAUGAGAAGAUUUUAA